GGAAGAGCCUCCUGACACGUGAGUGACACCUAGAGAAGAAGAGACAGGCAGAGCUGACAGGUUACACUUGGGCAGACAAUGAGAAGAUGACAUAAGGGAGGCUCAAGAGACAGUCUGGGUGGGGAGCUAAUCCAGCCUAGCAAGCCUGUGCCAGGGAACAAGAAGGGGAUGAUCAGUUUAGAGGGGAUGCCAGGCUUGAAGGGGCGUCUCUUGUGAGCCAUUCCUAAGGCUAGUGUGGGAGGCAGCCCAGGGCUAAUUACUGCAAGAGGGACUGGCCUGAGGGCAGGGGAGCGUUAGACACAGAGGGGUCAGCUGGGGAGACACAACCUGCUAUUGGCUGCUGUGGCCUAAGGGCUAACGUUUUGGGACACGCCGAGAGGCCGCAGAAAAUGGUGUGGAAGUGACAGAGAGACAUCUGGUCAGUCACAGAAAGAGACAUCCCUGGGCAGUUGGCACCAUGUCUGGACCCCGGGCGCAGAACAAGAUGUCCAGCACAGAACGCCCUGUCAGAGCUGUCCCUUUUCCACCUACCCGUCGCCUGACCAUGAAUGAGGUUUUUGUCGAGGGGCGUCCUCAACUGGAGACCCUCAAGAAUCACUUGAUCAAGGAGGGAAGACUGGAGGAAGAAGUAGCUCUGCGCAUUAUACGCGAGGGUGCAGCCAUUUUGCGCCAGGAGAAGACCAUGCUUGAGGUGGAGGCCCCUAUUACAGUUUGUGGGGACAUCCACGGGCAGUUCUUUGAUCUCAUGAAGCUGUUUGAGGUUGGAGGUUCCCCCCAAAACACACGCUACCUUUUCUUGGGGGACUACGUGGACAGAGGAUAUUUCAGUAUAGAGUGUGUCCUGUACCUCUGGAGCCUGAAAAUUAUUCACUCCAAGACCCUGUUCCUACUGAGAGGGAACCAUGAGUGCCGGCAUUUAACAGAGUAUUUCACCUUCAAGCAAGAAUGUAAGAUAAAGUAUUCGGAGCGUGUGUACGACUCCUGCAUGGAUGCCUUCGACUGCCUUCCUCUGGCGGCUCUGCUCAAUCAGCAGUUUCUCUGUGUGCACGGGGGGCUGUCCCCGGAAAUCACCUGCUUAGAUGACAUUAAGAAGUUAGACAGAUUCAAGGAACCCCCUGCCUUUGGCCCCAUGUGUGACUUGCUCUGGUCUGAUCCAGCAGAGGAUUAUGGUAGUGAGAAGACGCUGGACCACUUCACCCACAACACUGUGCGUGGGUGCUCCUAUUUCUACAGUUACCCUGCCGUCUGUGAGUUCCUGCAGAGCAACAAUCUCCUGUCCGUGAUCCGGGCACACGAAGCACAGGAUGCUGGCUAUCGCAUGUACCGUAAGAGUCAGACCACUGGCUUUCCUUCUCUCAUAACCAUCUUUUCUGCACCCAACUACCUGGAUGUCUACAACAACAAAGCCGCAGUGUUGAAGUAUGAGAACAACGUGAUGAACAUCAGGCAGUUUAACUGCUCUCCACACCCCUACUGGCUGCCAAACUUUAUGGAUGUCUUUACCUGGUCCCUGCCCUUUGUAGGGGAGAAAGUUACCGAGAUGCUUGUGAACAUCCUCAGCAUAUGCUCAGAUGACGAGUUGAUCACCGAUGGGGAAGACCCACUGGAAAGUGGCGCUUCAGUGCGGAAAGAGAUCAUUCGGAAUAAGAUCAGAGCCAUUGGAAAGAUGGCCCGUGUCUUCUCUGUGCUCAGGGAGGAAAGCGAGAGCGUCUUGACUCUAAAAGGGCUGACCCCCACAGGAACACUGCCCCAAGGGGUUCUGGCUGGAGGAAGGCAGACCCUGCAGAGUGCAACAGAAGAAGCGGCUGAGGCUCAGGAAGAAGUCCGAGGCUUCUCUCCCCAGCACAAAAUCCAGAGCUUUGAAGAAGCCCGAGGGUUAGACCGCAUUAAUGAACGCAUGCCCCCACGUCGUUCCACUUCCCCCUUGGACCCCAACCUCAAUUCCACUGAGAAGAACAGCACCAACAGGAGCUCGCAGUGACACAGCAUCUGCAGCUCACUAUCCCCCUCCGACCUCCGCAAAAGCUGCGUGUGUGAGGGCAGGACUCUCAUAACCAGGCUGACAGAUACAGGGCACAUACAGGGAUAGCUACACUUACAGCUCCAUGUGUAAUUACAGGCCAGAGAUACGGGGACCUGUACACACAGUCUACACAAUACAGAUACAAAACACACACACACACAAGCCUCCAGACACAAUAGUUACACAAAGCAGUAGUGACGUGUACAUUCAUACCAUUCCAAACAUGCUUGUGCAGAUCAGUGCAAACACACCUGAGCACACAAACACACACACACUAAUUGAGAGCGUCACACAAACAUAGAUACUGUUCCAACAGCCUGUCCUGCAGUUUGUAUUCUCUUUGUAAAUGUCAUUUUGCGUUCUAUAUAUAUAUUUAUACAUGUGUAAUAUAAAGACCCUGUUUUUUAACGUAGGGUUUGUCUAGCGACCAACUGCAAUGCUGUACUUUAGUAGCGAGCCUCCCGUUGCCACAGUGCAGAGCCUCCUGAGAGUCACGCUGGCACCCGGCUGCGCUUAUAAACACCCUUCCACCCUCACAUACAGGCUGAUAUAUAAGAGCUGCGCUGCAUUCCUCUCCUAGAUCUUCAGCCUCAUCUCUUGGGGCAUGAUGGGAGUUAACAGUUUAGCCAGAACGCCAAAAGUGACAGUCCUGCUCGGAUACUUUCAGCUUCUGAACACCCGGCCCAGAACAUGCAUUGCUGCAGUUCUUCAUGCACAGUUCUCUUUCACCAGAGACACGUGUGCAGAAUGAAAGGGGAAUGUAUAGUGCUGGAAUUAGGGGGGAAAAAAUAAGCAAAGCAACCAUACGUGCAAAUGCCAAUGCCGUAUUCCUGCAAAGAGUUCAUCUAUGAACUGCCAAUGGGCAAUUAAACUUGAAAUAUCCAACGAAUUCUUCGUAUUAUAGGAAUUCUAUCAUGGUGAGUAUUAAUGCUAACGUAGCCCCAUCUAUUUGCUCACAUCAUGGUUUACUCCAUCAGUGCAUUUCAGCCGGCAGGGAACAAAACCAUCUCUUUUGCCUUUGAUGGACUUUUAUGGGAACCACUUGAACCCCACUAGUACAAGUAGUUAGUUCUCGAAUGAGUGUUCUUAGGUUGAGAAGAAAUAGUUCAGGAGAGUCAGGUGGUUCGUAAUGGCAGGGUUGGUAUUGGCCGCCGGCAGAGAUAAUGCUCCGUGUGAUAUCAGCCUUAUAGUGAAGGGGCCACAAAUGUCAAAAUAUCUUGGUACAAAUCAUUUAAUUGGAUAACUGAGGAGCACAGCGCAUCGUCUGGGGCUCUACAUAUGAUUUAAGUGCAUUAGGGCAUGCUGUAUUAAAUGAUGCAUGCGUCUCAUUAGAAUAGUUAGAAGAACCCAUUUUGCAAUGUUGCUCUAAUGCUGCCUUGUACAUUGCUAGUGCUUAAUACACAAGAGUGCUGCUCACCAUGAUUGUGCGGCACAUAGUCCUGCCCAGCAGGCGGCUCUGCACUGCAAAUUCCAGCGCAAACAGAGUCGCUGUGGAACCCAGAAUCCUCUGCAGAGGUGGGUUCUGCACGCAAAGGGCGCUCUGCGGGAGGUGGCUCUGCACACAGUGUUUUGCAGCACAUUGGUGACUUCUGUUUUACUGAAGAAUGGAAAUGGAAGAAAUCGUUUUAAAUCCUUUCUUUAUGGCACCUUGCAUUUCCCAUCCCUAUCUGUGCCCAGACAAGACCCUUUGUUGUAUAAGGGUGACAUUCUUUUGGGGUUUCAGAAAUCUUUGUGCAAGCAGGGCUUGACGUCUCACUAAGCACGCCAUUGCUGGGUCACCCUCAGGAAUCUUCAAAUCACACUGGGGUGGUGUCUAUGCUGCUUGGUUAAAAUAAAUCACUCCAGUAUGGGGUUACCUCCUCGCAAUUGCAUCUUUAGGGCACCAUUUGCGCGCCAAAAGCAGUUCAGUUACUCUUACAUCAGGCGAUGCUGAACCAGUGGUUCUCUGUAUGGAGUAAUAGCACAAGUAUUAAUCUUUUCACUGCCUCACACUUCUCUAGUGCAAAGCCUACUGUAUCUUUAACAGCCCAGACAAGGCGAGGGGUAGAGAUGCGACCUUCUUCCCACCCACCACCCUGUUCAUGGAAAUUAUUUUAUGAGUUGUCAUAUUAAAAAUGGUUGAAAACAUAUAUUUGAUGAUUCUCCCCCCCCCCCAACCCCCCAAAAAAA